AGUGAAGCUCUCGUGCUCUGGUAGAGGACGCAACCAGCUUCAAAAUAAUUAACCCUAAUUAACAGAAGUCACGUGACCCCUUCCUCGUGUCAAAGAAAGGACGUUCAAUUUUGGGGACCAAAACCUUACAAGCCAAAACAUCUAAAUCAUAAGGAGAUGAAUUAUCAUUGUGAGAAACUUUGUUUGAUCACAUUUGCCGUAAUGGCUCUGCACUGUUGGUGUUUUUCAACCGUCCAGACGAAGAAAACACCUGAGCAGCUCGUCUUUCCCAGAGUCACCUGCUCGGAUCGAAGGAUACGAGCUGUUUUUGGUCCGCGGGUCAAACAUAAUAUACACGUUACAGACAUGACGGGGACUAUAAUCCCAGUGCCUCAAUCUGAGGGCUCCUGUGGAGUGAGACUGGGCAGGGAGAAAAACCAGGGCAUCUCCUUCUACAGCAGAUAUGACAGCUGCUAUGCACAGAUUGAGGGCAGCAAAGUGGUCGUCCCUCUGCACAUACAGCUGACGGGAGAGGAUCGAUGGUUCAAGGUAAACCUCAGCUGUCCUCUGAUAAAGAGACACAGUGAGAGGACUAACCCUACCCCAACACCGUUACCUGGAAACUGUGACACAGAAAGAGCUCUACGAGUGGACUGUGGCAAAGAAAGCAUUUCAGGUGAGGCCUGCAACAAACUGAGAUGCUGCUACGACACCGAUGAUUCAACCUGCUACUACAGGCUCAAUGCCUGCUCUCUGGAUGGACACUUUGUGUUCUCAGUAAAAGUUACAGACACAGAGCAGCCCAUCGAUCCCAGCAGCCUCAUUGUAAAGGAUCAGCCACAGUGUAUCCCUUUGGUCACCACCCCAGAGAUGGCUAUCUUCAAGAUUGGAUUCAUGGACUGUGGUGCAAAGAUAAAGGUAGAUGGAGACGUGGUGAUCUACGAGAUAGUAGUGGAGGAGCUGCAUACUAAAAGUAUGACUAAUCGUUCUCCAUUUAGUCUCCAGGUCCAGUGUAAAUAUGAGGCAUCAGAUUCAAACCGUGCAGCAGUCAUGCAGUCCUCGUUUGCAUUCAUCAACCCACCACCUGUGGUUGCACUGGGAACUAUCGGAGUGCAGAUGAGAAUAGCCAAAGAUGCAUCCUUCACAUCCUUCUUCCCUGAGGACCAUCUUCCACUGACCUUGCCGCUGCGCAAAGCUGCAUAUGUGGAGAUCUCCAUCGCCCAGCCGUCGCUAGACCCCACCCUUUUCCUGCGUGUACGGGAUUGCUUUGCCUACCCUGCGUCUAGACACUCUGUGUGGACGCUUCUCUAUGACGGAUGUCCCAACCCUUUGGACAACAUGAGAAGCUCCAUUCCUGUGAUCUACCAGGGGAAGACCACCCCCCACUCCCAAGUCAGGAGGUUUGAUGUCAAGACCUUUGCCUUCUUAGACCCUCAUACAGGCGAGCCAAGUGUGGAGGAAAUGUACUUCCACUGCUGGGUGGAAAUCUGCACAGAUGAUGUUGACUGUGCACAGCGUUGCGCCAUCAAUUCAUCUGAGGGUGAGAGACAGAGAAGAGAGGCGAAGUCCAACCAGGUGCCGCUGGUCUCUUUAGGCCCGCUGCUGCUGGGACAGAACAGCACUGAACUGGAGGACAGUCCAGUGCUGCUGCUGGGACAGAACAGCACUGGACUGGAGGACAGUCCAUGUGUGAAGCAGAAGACGAUGCUUCAGGUGACGGUGUAUGUUCUCGGUGGUGUUGGUGCCGCCCUGAUAUUGAUCCUGAUGGUCACUGUAUGCUCAUGCAUCAGAAAGAGACAGACUGCAGAAGCACAGCCAGUUUGUGAAAAACAAGUUGACUGUGAACAAUCUCAAUAAAAACAUUUCAUCAAA